AAUAACAGUAUUCUUUCACCUUAAACAAACCUUUGUAUCUGCCCAUUAAAAGUAGUAGUAGUAGUCAACCCACCACCAGACAGUGUAUCACUACUUCUUACUCACUCAUAUUAUAGACUCUCUCUCUCUCUCUCUCGACAAAGAUUCAACAACACCAACCUGUAAAGUUAAAGCACAAGCCAUUGUAACAAAACCCUUCCACCAAACAUUUUCCAACAAAAUCAACAACAAAGAAGAAAAAAAACCAUGGGAAUACUAUACGACGACGUAGUGAUUAUCAGACCACCGGAAAAAGAAGGUGACCCAACUGUGGUUACUGUUAAUUGUCCUGACAAAACUGGUCUUGGUUGUGACUUAUGUCGUAUCAUACUCUUCUUUGGUCUUAACAUUGUUAGAGGAGACGUGUCAACUGAUGGGAAAUGGUGUUACAUAGUUUUCUGGGUUGUUUGGAAACAAAAGACAAGAUGGAGUUUGUUGAAGAAGAGGAUGGUUGAAGCAUGUCCGACUUGUUCCUCAGCUUCUGGAAUCUCUUAUUAUCGCUCUGAUUUGCAGCCUCCUAAGCCUCCUGAUGUUUUUCUUUUGAAAUUUAGCUGUCAUGAUAGGAAAGGACUGUUACAUGAUGUUACGGCGGUUCUUUGUGAGCUAGAGCUUACUAUUACCAAAGUUAAGGUUUCCACUACACCUGAUGGCAAAGUCAUGGAUCUGUUUUUCAUCAUCGAUAACAGAGAACUUCUACAUACAAAGAAGAGAAAGGAUGAUACGAUCGAACAGAUUCAAGAUGUUUUGGAGAAUUCUAUCCUUACUAUUGACAUUGAAUUGGUUGGACCAGAAAUUACUGGUUGUUCACAGGCAUCUUCAUUCCUUCCAGCUGCAAUCACAGAAGACGAUUAUAAUUUGGAAUUGCCCGAUUCAGUUCGAAGUGGAACACUCCGAUCAGAUUAUGUCUCUGUCACGAUGGACAACUUGCUUAGUCCGGCUCAUACCCUUGUCCAAAUUAUGUGCCAAGACCACAAAGGCCUUCUUUAUGACAUCAUGAGAACUAUUAAAGAUUACAACAUGAAGAUUUCUUACGGGCGUUUCACUACAAAACCUAGACGAAAAUGUGAGAUGGACUUGUUCAUCAUGCAAGCAGAUGGUAAAAAGAUAGUUGACCCAAACAAGCAGAAUUCUUUGACAACGCGUUUUAGAACAGAACUAUUUCGUCCACUCAGAGUAGCUGUUGUGAGUAGAGGCCCUGAUAUUGAGCUUCUGGUUGCAAACCCUGUUGAGUUGUCAGGCAACGGACGGCCUCUAGUUUUUUAUGAUAUUACUCUUGCUCUCAAAAUGCUCGACAUUUGCAUCUUUACGGCUGAAAUCGGGAGACAUGUGAUUGGAGACCGCGAAUGGGAAGUUUAUAGAAUCUUGCUCGAUGAAGGCGAGGGGCUGUCUGUUCCAAGAAACAAGAUUGAGGAGGGAGUUUGGAAGAUGUUAAUGGGUUGGGAGUAAUCAAUCCAUAGUUGCUGUCAUGACAUUCCACCUUUUAGAUGAACCUCUUCAUAUGUACAUAUAACAAUGAUAUAUAUCAUAUAGUUUAUUAGAAUUAAUUGUAAAAUAUAUAUUAUGGUAUGCAAAUUGCAAUGUUGUAUGUUAUUAUUCAUAUGGUAUGCAAAUUUAAUGUACAUAUAGUUGAAUAA